AUGCGCGCUCCUCCCGAGCGGCGCUCGCACCGCUUCCCGCUGUGCUCGGCGCCCCCCGGGCCGGAGCGAGGCUGCGCGGCGGCCAUUGGCUGCGGGCGGCUCCUCCCCGCGCCUCGGGCAGCUCGGGCAGCUCGGGGCCCCGGGAGCGCCUGGCACCGCGCUGACCGUCCGCCCGUGGAGCCGGCAGCGGAGGACGAGCGGCGGCACGACGAGGACCGGCACGACGACGACGACGACGACGACGAGGACGAGGACGAGCGGAGCCUGCGGACGGCCCUCAAGAAGCUGCGGCUGGACGCGGCGCGUGCCGGUGCCGGUGCCGGGCAGACGCGGCAGCGCAGCGCAGCGCAGCGCUUCGGCGCUCCUUUCGUGCCGUCUCCCGGCCAACCUCCGCAGCGGCAGCACGAAGCCGCGGGGCGAUCUGCCCAAAGCGGCGGCUCCGCGCACUGCUGCGGUGCGGUCACCCCGCGGGGCACCGAGCGGCUCCUUCCCGCGCUGCCCUGCCGUGCCUGCAGGCCCCGAGCGUUGCUGUUCUCCGCCUCAGGGGCUCCCGAGCUCAUGCAGCCUGCCGUGCUGCUACGGGGCACUCCCGGGCGCAGUGGCGAGCUUUGGCACCGCUCGUUCGUGCUGCCUCAGGAACGGAUCCUGCUGCUCAGCAACACCUCUUUGGCGAAAAAAUACCCGCUGAGAGAGGAGCGAGGAAUCACGCUUACGAAACAGUUGGCUUUUAUUGGGUCGCCCACCACAGGCUGGGUGCAGCUCCGCCUCAGUCCCGCUGACGUUCCUUUCACGUGUCCUUGGCUUGCAAACAGGCGGCACGAGGACGAGGAGGAGCAGCAGCAGCAGCAGCAGGACGACGACGAGGACGAGGACGACGACGACGAGGACGAGGAGGAGCGCAGCCUGCGGACGGCCCUCCAGGAGCUGCGGGUGGACGCGGCGCGGUGUGAGAGGACUGCAGGAGGACCGGCCGGUCUCUCACGGCACGGACGUUCCAGGUCUCCUGUCCUGUAUCCUCCCACGUUUACGCACUGCGGCACAAAACACAAAACCCGGUCACACACACCAAAGACUCACGUCCGUUCCAGUGUUUGUGCUACAGCAGAACACGGCACAGAGGACAGACACAGUCCUCACUUUGAGGCCAGCCAUGGCAGAAGAGCCACAGCUGAACCUCUGCUGAACCACCGCUGCGGGGCCUGUGGGGAAGUCACGGGAGAACUGCCUCGCUCUGCCCUCAUCGUCUCACUCUGACUCACACAACAGCCAAACCUCACUUUUCCUUUCCUUAUCCACGCUUCACAGAUCCAUCUGUGAAACAGCCCUGUGCAGCCCUCCCGCAUCCCGUUCUGUGGAGGCUCACGCUUAUGUCAGUGACGUGACUGUGGAAGACCUGGCAGGGUACCUGGAACACCAUCUGCAUAUACCAAAGAAAAUGUCUGCCAUGGCAGAAAUGAUGUAUUCAUAACCAAACAGCAAAAACAGUCACAGUCCUAAGCGUUAUCAGAAAUUUAAAUGGCUCGUUUGUGCCAUAUUUGUAAUGUUCUGUUUCAUGUACAGUUUAGUUUUGUAAUUAAGAGAAAAACUGUACAUCGUUGCAUAGACUCCUGUGGCUGAAAUGAUGUAUACUUAACUGAAAGCCAUAUUCAGUCACAUAGUAGUACAGUUUAUUUUUGUAACUCGAAUAAAAACUGUAUAUAGUCUCAUA